GAGUUUUCCGGGGGGCUAGGGGAUUGUGGGGAAUUUGACAGGGCUAGUGACUUCCGGCUGUUGGAGGAAUUAACCUUUUCGACGGUUAUUUCUUUGGAGACGGCUCUCCAGUAAGUUGUCAAGAUGGCGAUCCGCCCGGUUUACAGGCCCAAUAUUGUUAAGAAGAGGACGAAGAAGUUUAUCAGACAUCAGAGCGAUCGUUAUGACAAACUCAAGAGGAACUGGCGUAAACCCAAGGGUAUUGACAACAGAGUUCGCAGGCGUUUCAAGGGACAGUACUUGAUGCCCAACAUUGGUUACGGAAGCAACAAGAAGACCAGACACAUGCUCCCCACUGGAUUCCGCAAGGUCCUCGUACACAAUGUCAAGGAACUCGAAGUCCUCAUGAUGCAGAACCGCAAAUUCUGCGCUGAAAUUGCCCACGCUGUCAGCAGUAAGAAACGCAAGGCGAUCGUCGAACGUGCCCAGCAGCUUUCAAUCCGUGUGACGAAUGCUAAUGCACGUCUGCGGUCUGAGGAGAACGAAUAAGCUACUGGUAUUUGUACUAUACGUCUAAUAAAACUCAAAAAACCUGAAAA